GUGGCAUUUCAAGAAUCAUAGAAGGAUUUGGUUACCUUAAAAUACGUGAAGAUUACAAAAAUGUACAUCUUUCUUGUCAUUUUGAGUUUUGCUCUACACUGCUCCUGCAACACAAUUGUGCCGUUCAUCAAAGCUUGCAAUCUGAACGACGAGGAUUGUCUCCUGACCGCUAACAUGCAAAUCGCUUAUCCCUACAUCGCCGAUGGGAUUCCAGAAAUCGGUGUCCCACGAAUGGAUCCCAUGAAUUUCGAAAACAUCACAAUGUGGGCGGAACAAAAUAAUUUCAGAUUCAUGUUGCCGUAUUUACAAAUACGCGGUGGAAGAAGGUGUAGAGUUGUUGAGUUCAGACAACUCCGUGACCAAUCAGCUAUAAAACUAAUCGUCGAUUGUCCAAUGAUAGGAACUGGUACAUACAAAUUCAAUGGAAAAAUGCUAAUAUUCGAUAUCGACAAGGAAGGUGAUUUCAGAAUGCAAACAAAUUCAAUGAGGACUACAAUUACAGCUAAGUUUGAGAAAGUCUUUAUAAAUGGAAAGAAUUACUGGAAACUUUUGACCUAUGAAUUUUUCAGUGAGCCUAGGGAAUCCAUGAACAUUGAUUUGGCUGGUCUCUUCUCUGGUGACCUUGAACAAGUUCAACCAAUGAUGAACGUCUUCAACAAGGAUAUGACGACCAUCUGGCAAGUCGGCGAGCCCAUCGAGAAUGGAAUUGCAAAGAAUGUCUUCAAUACACUCAAAAUCUUCUUCAAUAGAGUGCCAAUUGAUGAGUUUUUGCAACAUUAGAUAUCAAUUCUUGAACUACUUUAAACAAUAAAUAUUUUCUGAACAUUA